UUUGUUUAGGGAUUUUUGCUUUUUGUAUUGUGAAGUUUAAAUUUCAGCAUAGUUGGCAUUCUGUUUAGUGAUAUAUAGUUAAUUUUUAUAUUAUUAUUAUGUUUUUUUUUUCUUUUUUAAUAUACAAAUUAUAAAUGUAAAAACAAAUAAGCAAAUUAUUAUCAAAGUUAACAUCUUUUAACAUCUGCGCGCUUUGAGCCCUUUAGAGUUUGAUUCUAUUAUAAAGGACUCCUGCUGCUCCAUUCCAUUGACCCGUAAGUUAACAGUUAUGCCGGCCGAUAGUGAUGAUGAAUAUAUAGCGAAAAAAUUGCUAUGCAAGACCUACUUGGUGACUUGUGUAAUGCUUCUCAUUGGCCAGAUACAGGUGGCCGUGGUAAUGGAAAUAAAACCUGUAAAGGAAUUUCUGAGACAGCAUUAUUAUGUGAGUCUUGUGCAAUUUUUCUUAAGUUUUAUAUCGAUCCAGCUGUACGUAUUUUUCUAUCACAUCAUUGUACAAAAAUCGGCCUGGAAAAGAAUUUUGGCCGGCGUAUGGACGUUUGAAGUUAAUACCAUAUCCAUUAUGAAACCGGCCAAAAAGGCGCCAUAUAUCAGUUUAUUGGUAUCCCUGGUAUUGACCUAUUUCAUAAUGUUAGUUAGCCUGAUCUAUGGCAAUUUGGCUGUACGUCAUCGACGUGGUCUUUUUAUGUCCCGCCAUAAUAUCAUACGUUGGAGUGAACGUCUUUUUGUCCUGACCAGUUUUGGCAUCAUUGUCGCCUCAGAAAUGAAACGUGUUAUUAUUGAGUUUCCCACUCUCUUUAUCUACACUUUGUUAUCAAAUGUGUUUGUGAUCAUUUUUGCUGCCUCGAUGAGAAAACCGAAUUUCUAUCAUAUUGAAAUGAAAGCUGAUAAUAUCUUAAUUGGACAAUUGUAUUAUCUCAAUUUCUAUGCUCUCUAUAUGGGUUAUGUGUGGACAACGGCAGCGGGAAUUGAAUUGAUGGGCUGGAAUGUAAAUCUCUUUUCCUAACCCUAACUCCCGCCAGGGUUGUCAAGUGUGUGUGUGUACCACCAGAAGAGAAGAUGAAACAGCUGUUUUGUUUUGAGGGUCGUCGGGUAUUUGGGCGCCUGCGCCAAAGAGAAAAAUCAAUCCCCCCUCUCUUAAACCCCACCGCCAUGCCACCCAUUCCAAAGUUAUGUCACAAGUCGGAUACGGAUAUACUACGAGUUCAGAGUCAGCCUGUCUGCCAGCCAACCAGCCAGAGAGCCAUUCAGUUAGUCAGUCGUUGUCGUGGUCGUCUUCAUUAUCGUCGUCGUUGUCGUCGUUAGAAGCAACUUGGCUGGUCGACCAGAAUCAUUUCCAGAAUGCGGCACAUCUCGUCGCUGUGCCUCGUUUAAAAAUCAAUAAGAGUUGUGUUUUUCCAUUUCAUGCUAAUUAAAACUAAAAACAAAUGGCUUCAA